CCAUGGACGAGGCUGACCGGCAGCUCCUGCGGCGAUGCCGGGUGCGGCUGGUCCGCGAGCUGCAGGUGGCCUCGCUCUGGGACGUUCUGCUGUCCCGCCAGCUCUUCACGCCCGCCAUGAUCGAGGACAUUCAGCAUGCAGGCUCGGGAUCUCGGAGCGAUCAGGUCAGGCAGCUGGUCAUAGAUCUAGAGACCCGAGGGAGUCAGGCCCUUCCUUUGUUCAUCUCCUGCUUAGAGGACACAGACCAGGACGUGCUGGCUUCAUUCCUGAGAAUGAGUCGGCAAGAAGAAAAGCAGAAUCCAGAGGCUGUCAGACCCCUGAACCUCAGGCCUGUGGUGCUUGGACCAAUGGGCCUCACACCAGAGGAUCUCAGAGAAAAGACGGGUCCAUUAAAGUCGACUCCGAGAAAACUCGCUCCAGUGGUGCUGGGGCCUGAGCAGCUCUGGCCAGCCAAGCUCAGGCCAGAGGUUCUCAGACCAGAGGUGCCCAGGCCAGUGGACAAUUGUUCUGAUGUCUGUGACGUCUGUGCUCAGGAGAUUUCCAAGCAAAAUCCUGAUUUGGCCUACGCCCUGAACGCAGACCCCUGCGGCCACUGCCUCAUCAUCAACAACGUGAACUUCUGCCUCGAGUCGAGGCUCACGGCCCGCACCGGCUCCAAUAUCGACUGUGAAAAGCUGCAGCGACGCUUCCGCUUGCUGCAUUUCACGGUGGAGGUGAAGUGCGACCUGAUGGCCAAGCAAAUGGUCCAGGCUUUGGUGGAGCUGGCGCGGCGGGACCACAGCGGCCUGGACUGCUGCGUGGUGGUUGUCCUCUCUCAUGGCUGUCAGGCGAGCCACCGCCAGUUCCCAGGGGCGGUUUAUGGCACGGAUGGAUGUCUUGUGUCCAUCGAGAAAAUUGUGAACAUCUUCAAUGGAGCCAGCUGCCCCAGCUUGGGAGGGAAGCCCAAGCUCUUCUUCAUCCAGGCCUGUGGUGGGGAGCAGAAAGACCAUGGGUUUGAGGUGGCCUGCGCUUCCCCUGAAGACAGGACCUCUGGCAGUGACCCGGAGUCAGACGCUGUCCUGUUCCAGGAAGGCCCAGGCCCCUUUGACCAGCCGGACGCCGUGUCUAGUUUGCCCACACCCAGUGACAUCUUCGUGUCCUACUCCACCUUCCCAGGCUUUGUUUCCUGGAGGGAUACCAGGAGAGGCUCCUGGUACGUGGAGACCUUGGAUGGGGUUUUUGAGCAGUGGGCUCACUCUGAAGACCUGCAGACCCUCCUGCUCAGGGUCGCUAAUGCUGUUUCGCAGAAAGGGAUUUACAAACAGAUUCCCGGUUGUUUCAAUUUCCUCCGGAAAAAACUCUUUUUUAAAAUGUGAUGCGGGCCAGAGCCCCUCCGCCUCUCACCCUGCUUUACUGUUAACCCCAAAACCUUCCUGCUCCGGGCCCACGGCAGCCAAGGCCAGGUCUCUUCUAUGGCUGUGGCUGUCGUUCUUUCAAGGGGUUUGUGGCCUCUCGUGGGUCUGCUCUUUCCCCACCAGUGCCAGACAGGCUCUUAGCAGCUUCCACGUUGGAGACAAAUGACCUGCGAGAGGAAGAGGGGCAGAAGACUACCAAGGACACUGCAGGACUCUUCCCAGCAGCCCUUUCUCCAGCCAGUGGCUGGGGCCUGUGACCCCAUGGUUGUCUCUACAGGAAGGCUUUUGACCUCAGUACUAUUGACAUUUGGGGCCAGAUAAUCCUUUGUUGUGGGGCCGUCCUGUGCACUGUAAGAUGUUGAGCAGCGUCCCUGGCCUCUGCCCAUAGAUGCCUGUGCACCCCUCCCCAAGUAGUAACGACCAAAAAUGUCUUCAGACACUGCCAGAUGUCCCCCCAUGGGGCCCCACUUGAGAACCACUGAUCCAAAGGAAGUUUUGGUUACAAACAAAUCAGCAUCUCUCUUAGAUCAGCAAGUAUGGGGCUACUGGAGUCUGAACAGUUGGAGUCUGCAAAUCCUAAGUGAAGUUUUAAAAGUUACUUAUUUUUCUUAUGUUCUAGUAUGCUUAAAAAAAUCUUAGGUGAAUAUGGACCCCCCCCCUUUUU